CGUCCGUCCCUCCCUCUUGGUGCAUCACCAGUACGUACACUACUGCGCAGGUACUGUAAGGUACGCUGCACAUCUCUGGCAUCCGCAGCCGAUAAUAAAGUCAUCUUUGUCCCACUCCCCGUCACCUGUUGACCUCUUCCUGUUCAUUCCUUCAACCUUCCCAGUCAUUCUUUUUUUGGGUCAACGACUUGCAACAACACCAACUCAAUACACUCUUUAUUCCCCAUUGUGUCAGUCACAGCUAAACAGUCUCUGGACAAUUUCUUCCAAACGGUCUUUCUCUGCCCGACCAUUUAACCCAAACUUUGCUCCUGGGACCUGUUUUUUCAUUCGUCGAUCCGAACGAAGAUACCCGACGCCACGAUACCACCCGCUCGAACGUCAAGGUAAACAGGAAAAACACAAAAAACCACACAUCAAAUCCACCAUCAACAUGAAGGCCUCUAUUUCCAUCGCCGCCCUCACGGCCCUCGCUGCCACCGCCGAGGCCCAGAACUGGUUGGGUUUCAACUCGGGUGCCACCAAGGAUGACCGCUCCGCCAAGUUCAAGGCCGACUUCGAGGCCGAGUUCAAGACGGCCCAGAAUCUUGUCGGCGCCCCCGGCACGUUCAAUGCCGUCCGCCUCUACACCAACAUCCAGGCCUACUCCACCGAUGACCCCAUCCAGGCCUUUGAGGCCGCCAUCGAGACCCAGACUCACAUCCUGCUCGGCGUCUGGGCCUCGGGCACCGACAACAUCGACAAGGAGAUCAGCGCCCUGAAGAAGGCCGUUACCCAGUACGGCACCAAGCUGACAGACCUCAUCAUCGGCGCCUCCAUCGGCUCCGAGGACCUGUACCGCAACUCGGUCACCGGCGUCAUCAACAAGUCGGGUGUCGGCGCCGACCCCGAGACCAUUGUCGGCUUCAUCAACGACUUCAAGACGGCCUUCAAGGACACCCCUCUGUCCAAGGUUUCCAUCGGCCACGUUGACACCUGGGACGUUUGGGGAAACGCCACCAACAAGCCCGUCCUCGACGCCAUCGACUGGAUCGGCGUUGACGAGUACCCUUACUACGAGAACGGCAAGGGCAACGACAUCAAGAACGCCGGAAGCCUCUUCGACAAGGCCUACGCUGCCACCGUCGCUACCGCCGGCGGCAAGGCCGUCUGGGUUACGGAGACCGGCUGGCCCGUCACUGGCGAACCCUGGGACCAGGCUAUCCCCAGCCCGGAGAACGCCAAGACGUACUGGGACGAGGUCGGCUGCCGCAAGCUCUUCAACAAGGUCCCCACCUUCUGGUACAACCUCCGUGACUCUAACCCCGACAACUCGAUGAAGUUCGCCAUCACCAAGGACCUGUCCACCACCCCGCUGUUCAACCUCACCUGCCCUACCACCUUCAACACCCCCACCGGCACCUCAUCCGCGUCCGUCUCUGGCACUGCCGCCAUUAAGCCCAGCUCCAGCUCCGGCGCCAGCUCCGGCGGCAGCAGCAACGACACCGUCUCCACCGGCACUCCUACCCCUGGUGGCGGCUCGGGCUCUGGCUCUAGCUCUGGCUCCGGCUCAUCUGGUUCCGGCUCCGGCACCGGCAGCACGCCCAGCAGCACGCCCAGCACCGUCGCUAGCUCCGCCUCCGGCCUCCAGCUCCUCACCACCGGUACCCUGGCCGCCGUCAUUGGCGCUUUCGCUCUCCUCUACUAAGAGAUGAUCAUCGCAGGAGGGGGGCUGAGAGCUUUUGAUUAAAAUUCUAGCGCAUUGGCAAGGUGUCUUUUGAUUCUCACACUAUGGACAUAUGUGGUUUUAUUUCUUUUAUUCCCGGUAUCGUAGUCAUGGAUAGAUCGAGCAUAGACUGAAGAAGAAAAUGAGACGAUUAUACCAUAUACCCCCUUGAAUUUAAAAUCGUUA